AGUACAGCACAGCUAGCAAGGUUGGCACACCUUGCGGGGACGGCACACCAAGUGGGGACGGCACACCAAGCGGGGACGGCACACCUUGCGGGGACGGCACACCUUGCGGGGAUGGCACACCUUGCGGGGACGGCACACCAAGCGGGGAUGGCACACCACGCGGGGACGGCACACCAAGCGGGGACGGCACACCAAGCGGGGACGGCACACCAAGCGGGGACGGCACACCAAGCGGGGACGGCACACCAAGCGGGGACGGGACACCAAGCGGGGACGGCACACCAAGCGGGGACGGCACACCAAGCGGGGCGGCACAGCAAGCGGGGACGGCACAGCAAGCGGGGACG